AUGUUACUCUUCGCACUAUGGCUACUCUCGAGGUUUCAAGCAGCGCACGGAGCGUUCACAGAGCAGCUCACGUUGCGCCCUCUCCCUGCCAUCAACCAUGUCCUUGUCCGUCUAGAGUCCUCCAUUAAUGAGACUUCGCGUCCCUCCAGUGGCGCGCCGCUUGUCCCCACCGUCUUGCGUCAGAUCCUUGAGAAAUACGACGUCGAGUCUCUGCACCUCUCGUUCGCUGUCGGACGAUACGUGGAGUGGCGCUAUGGAUCCUUCCACAGCAGUAAUGGCUCUGACUUUGUCCACGUUCCUUUUGGUACGCGGCUCCAGGCAACACUGCGUGGCAAUGCCAGCAUUUCACAGCGCUGGAAAGGGAUCACGUCCCAAUUGGGCGGCAUCUUCUCGGCAUCGCUAAACCAGAUGGACGAGACGGUGGUGACGGGAUUGCUGCCAUCCUCCAGUCCGCUUGAACUCGGCGCCUUCUCCUUGGCCAGUGCUGACCCGGAUCACACCUUUCUGCACGGCUCGCUCGCACGUGAGGAGCUCUGCACGGAGAACUUGACGCCGUGGCUUAAGAUGCUGCCGUGUCGAGCAAUCGCUGGACUCGGAUCAAUGAUUGAUCCGAUUAACGUGCUGUCUGGGGAGUACUUGUCGCUGUCACUAUUUGCUGCGAGAUCGCAGGACGGCACGUGGACCCUUCGACAGCAUCUCACGACCGUGCUAAAUCCCAGUCCGCAUAAUAGCGAGCAUUGGAGUCUUGGCUCGUUGUUCUUCGGAACAGAGCAGGUCGGUGCUGAAGUUCGCGCAUGUCCUCUUGCCGACAAGAGCGUUAUUCUUACGGAAGACACAAAGGACAAGGAACCGUCGUUUAUUAUUGAAGUUACAGAUCUUCGCGAAAAACCCGUGCUGCUUUCCAGCCCGUGGUUUGACGACUGGAAAACUGCUGUACAAGAAGAAGCCUCUUUGCAAAACAGCGUCAUCACGCAACAGGAUGUGGUGUCGGUACAUCGAUUCGUCACCGGGUACGGCCAGGUGCAUGGUGGCAUCGCCGUGCAGCUCAAGAAUAACCACCCGUCACGUGGCAUGCUUGUGACGUACCAUGAUGUUAUCCCAUGGUACCUUCGUCUCUAUUUCCACACCUUUCGGGCGACUAUCGGUGGGAGUGAGUCGAAGGCGCAAGAGCUGAUUCGAGCGUUUGACUUCGUGCCGGCCGAGUUGCGGAAUCGACCCAACCAGUUGCGUAUCGUUGCUUUCCUCCCAGCCAAUACGAUGAUUGUGUUCUCACUUCGGAUGGAGAAAGCAUUCUUGUAUCUGUCGAAGCAUCCACCCGAUGCCAACAGGGGUUUCGAUAUUGCCCCCGGUGUAGCGACCUUCAGUGCGUCAGAAAAUGACUCGGAUGACUCGGUCUGUGGCAAGAACGUCGGAUUUCCAUCCUCCACCACCAUAUUGUUCACAGAGCCCUUGCUCGUGCCGCUCUCAACGCCUGACUUCAGCAUGCCGUACAACGUGAUAACAAUGACAUCGACUGUCGUCGCUUUCUUCGUGGGUACGAUGCUGAACACACUACUGCGAAAGGCCCCGCGGCUCCAGCGAAUGAUGACAAAGUAG